UGCAUUAUUUGGCUGAAAUAAUAUAGUAAAAAGUAAAAACACAAGAAAUUACAAGAACAUAUAUACUAUGUGACAUGUUAUAAAGGAACUUUUUGCAGGUUUAAAGGAGGUACAAAGUGAAAACAAGAAAUUACCACAAAAACAUUAAACAUUAAACAUUAACCAACUUUUUGGGGUCAUGAAUUCAUCAUCCGGUUGGGUUUCAAUCCAGUCUAUCAAGUACAACUAACAUAUCUUGUUUAAAAGUUCAACCACAAAAACAUUAAACAUAAACUAUGAUAUGAUGCAUUUGGUAGAUUACCGGGAUGGCUACAAAAAUAAUAACAAGGAUAAAGUUAUUAACUAAUAUAAAAAAAAGUUUUUUUCUUUCGCAAAUACAUAAGAACGUUACGCAUUUCUGAAGAAAAUUUAGAUAUAUAACAAUCAGCAUUACUUAUUUUGUUGAGAAAUGGUCGGAAAUUUUCAACACGUUAUCGAGGUUUUCUAUUUUUUGUUGGUAUAUUGUCGCUAAAUUAUAGUUUUAUUAUAGUUAUUUUCCGGCUUUUUUUUCCAUAGGAAAUUUCCCCUUUUUUUAAUGGUGUGCAUCGGCGUUUUUUUCCAUAGGAAAUUUCCCCUUUUUUAAUAGUGUGCAUAACAUAUAUUUGAGUUUUAUAUUUUAACCUUUUUCCUAGAAUUUGCUCUAGUUUUCUUAGAAUUUUCUCUGAGUUUUUGUGUGUUCUGGGAAGCUUCCUUUCGGACUAACCUUUCAUGUAAAUUUAGAGGGACUUGGCUACCUCGUUUAAGAUUUUCCUGAUGCUAAAGGCCACUCUACUCACGAAUGCUAUAAAUAUAGAUUAUACUUACACCCCUUAGCUCAUCUACCUCUUACAACACCAUUCUAUCAAAAACAUUGUGUGAGUUGUGAGGAAACUAGAACAAUAUGAUGGGGGAGAUGACACUGAUGGCCGUAGCUAUGAGCGCUUGGGCCAUGUUCAUGCAACUGUUUCCAGGCCAACUUCGAGGGGAUGCCAGAAGAUAUGUUAACAAACUUGUUAGUUAUGUGUACCCUUAUGUCGAAAUCACUUUUCGUGAAUUCCAAGUAGACACUUGGUUCGAACGAAGUGAGGCGUUUGAAGCUAUAGAACGGUACCUCAGUGCCAACUCCUCGAAAAUGGCUAAAAGGCUCAAAGCAAAUGUAGUCAAGGAUUGCAAAUCUGUUGUCCUGAGCUUGGCUGAGAAUGAAGAAGUCACAGACGAGUUCAACGGCAUCCGAAUCUGGUGGACCUCGAACAAAGACACCCCUGAACAGCGAGCUCUCUUUUCGUAUCGUGGUGAUGAAGAGAAUCGGUUCUACAGGCUCACUUGCAGAAGAGAACACCGUGAUAUCAUCACUAAAGAUUAUGUGAAACAUGUGCUAGAUGAGGGGAAGGCUAUUGCGGUAAGAACAAGGCAACGCAAGCUCUAUACCAACAACAAGACUGAAAAGUGGUCCAGAUUCAAGAGAACUAUGUGGAGCCACAUCAUAUUUGAGCACCCUUCUACCUUUGAUACGCUUGCAAUGGAUCCCAAAAAGAAGAAGGAGAUUUUGAACGAUUUAAUAACGUUCAGCAAGUCAAAAGACUACUACAAGAAGGUGGGCAAGUCAUGGAAGCGAGGAUAUCUUCUUUAUGGUCCACCAGGAACCGGAAAGUCUAGUAUGAUUGCGGCCAUGGCUAACCUUCUCGACUAUGAUAUCUAUGAUCUUGAAUUAGCAUCUGUGAAAGACAACACGGAUUUGAGGAAGCUCCUGAUUGAUACAUCAACUAAGUCGAUAAUAGUGAUUGAAGAUAUCGAUUGCUCGCUUAAUCUUACCGGACAGAGAAAGGAGAAGAAAGAAGAGGGUAAAGAAGAUAAGGAUCCAAUUGAGAAAAAGGUUGAAGAGGAAGAGGAUAAGAAGAAAAAGGGAAGUGAAGUGACUCUAUCAGGAUUGUUGAACUUCAUUGAUGGGUUAUGGUCAGCUUGUGGUAGUGAGAGGUUGAUCAUAUUCACAACUAAUUAUGUUGAGAAGCUUGAUCCGGCUCUCAUUAGGAGAGGACGGAUGGAUAAGCAUAUUGAGAUGUCCUAUUGUUGCUAUGAAACGUUUAAGGUUCUUGCAAAGAACUAUCUAGAUCUUGACUCACACGAAUUGUUUGAAACCAUCUGCCGGAUGUUGGGGGAGACACAGAUGACUCCAGCAGAUGUUGCCGAAAAUUUGAUGCCAAAGUCUGAUGAAGAGACUCCUGAAAUUUGCUUGAACAACUUGAUCAAAUCUUUGGAGGACGCAAAAGAAGUAGCAAGACUCAAAGCUCUUGAAGAUGCCAAGAUCAAAGUUGAGGAAGAAGCAGGUAAAAAGAAAGAUGAAGAUGGUGAAAAGGAACAAAAGAUUGAUGCAAAGUUAGGUGAUGAAGAAGGAAAGAAGGCUAGUGAUGCAAAAGAAAAUGGUGUGAUGCUUGCAUGAAUACUAAAGUUGACAAAAAAAAAAAAAAACCCAUGUAUUAAUUAUUAGAAGAUUAAAAUGUGUUAUUGUGUGAUUGUAAAAUAUGCACUUUUAUUUGUGAUACGAAUAAAUAAAAUAAUC